CACACAUCCCCACACGCACACGGCAGCAGCACCAACAGCCCCUGCCAGCAGCCUGCAAUCACUGAAGCUCCCGGCUCCUCCGCCUCUCCCUCCUCCUCCUUCUCCUCCUCCUCCUCCUCCUUCUCCUCCUCGCUGCCCACCGGCCUGCGGCACCCCUCGGCGGCCUCCGGCCCCACCAGCGCACAGACAAUGACUUCAUGCGGAUUAUGCAUCUGAAGAAAUCACCAGCUCCCAGAUAGCCACAGGGGGAGGCAUCCAUCCAUCCAUCCAUCCAUCCAUUCCUCCAUCCAUCGCUCCAUGUGGUUGGCAGGGCAGCAGCCUCCCGCUCGCCUCCCGCUCCUCUCCUCGCACCCAUCGGUCGCCUUCUCUCCGGCAAUGGUCGCCUCCGGUCCCCCUGCGCGGCGCUGAGCGAGGCCCCGACGCAUCCCCGCUCCCACGCUUGCACCAAAGAGUGGCCCCCCCGGGCUGCCGGCGCGGACCAUGAUGGACCUGAAGGUGGACGAGGAGGAGGUGGACAGCGGGCAGCCGGUGAGCAUCCAGGCCUUCGCCAGCAGCUCCACCCUGCACGGGAUCUCACACAUCUUUUCCUACGAGCGGCUGUCGCUGAAGCGCGUGGUCUGGGCGCUCUGCUUCAUGGGUUCACUGGCGCUGCUCGCCCUCGUCUGCACCAACCGCAUCCAGUACUACUUCCUCUACCCUCAUGUCACCAAGCUGGAUGAGGUGGCUGCCACCAGGCUCACCUUCCCCGCUGUCACCUUCUGUAACCUCAACGAAUUCCGCUUCAGCCGGGUGACCAAGAAUGACCUGUACCACGCCGGUGAGCUUCUCGCCCUGCUCAAUAACAGGUACGAGAUCCCGGACACGCAGACAGCUGAUGAGAAGCAGCUGGAAAUCCUGCAGGAUAAGGCAAACUUCCGAAACUUCAAGCCCAAACCUUUCAAUAUGUUGGAGUUUUAUGACCGUGCCGGCCACGACAUCCGGGAGAUGCUGCUCUCCUGCUUCUUCCGUGGGGAGCAGUGCAGCCCCGAAGACUUCAAAGUGGUGUUCACACGCUAUGGGAAGUGCUACACCUUCAAUGCAGGGCAGGACGGCAAACCCCGGCUCAUCACCAUGAAAGGGGGCACUGGCAACGGCCUGGAGAUCAUGCUGGACAUCCAGCAGGACGAGUACCUCCCAGUGUGGGGGGAAACAGAUGAGACCUCAUUUGAAGCUGGGAUCAAGGUGCAGAUCCACAGCCAGGAUGAGCCUCCACUCAUCGACCAGCUGGGCUUCGGUGUGGCACCCGGCUUCCAGACCUUUGUGUCCUGCCAGGAGCAGCGGCUCAUCUACUUGCCACCUCCCUGGGGCGACUGUAAGGCCACAACGGGUGACUCGGAGUUCUACGACACUUACAGCAUCACAGCCUGCCGCAUCGACUGUGAGACCCGCUACCUGGUGGAGAACUGCAACUGCCGCAUGGUGCACAUGCCAGGUGAUGCCCCUUAUUGCACCCCAGAGCAGUACAAGGAGUGCGCAGAUCCAGCCUUAGAUUUCCUGGUGGAGAAGGACAAUGAGUACUGUGUCUGUGAGAUGCCCUGCAACGUCACCCGCUAUGGCAAAGAGCUCUCCAUGGUGAAGAUCCCCAGCAAAGCCUCUGCCAAGUACCUGGCCAAGAAGUACAACAAGUCGGAGCAGUACAUCGGGGAGAACAUCCUGGUGCUGGACAUCUUCUUUGAAGCCCUGAACUAUGAGACGAUCGAGCAGAAGAAGGCGUAUGAGGUGGCUGGAUUGCUGGGUGACAUCGGAGGACAGAUGGGGUUGUUUAUCGGGGCCAGCAUCCUCACCGUGCUGGAGCUGUUUGACUACGCCUAUGAGGUGAUCAAGCACCGGCUGUGCCGGCGGGGCAAGUGCCGCAAGAACCACAAGAGGAACAACACGGACAAGGGCGUUGCGCUGAGCAUGGAUGAUGUGAAACGCCACAAUCCCUGUGAGAGCCUACGGGGUCACCCGGCUGGCAUGACGUACGCAGCGAACAUCCUACCUCACCACCCGGCCCGGGGCACCUUUGAGGACUUCACCUGCUAACCGACGUCUGGAUGUACAACAACCCGAGCUACCAAAGCCCUCCGGAGAGCUGCCCUUCUCCCAGAGGAGAGACACAGCCAGGGGACCUCGCUCAAAGCCACGGCGGGAUGCGGACAAGAGCGGCGGCCUCAGAUUUUGGGGCAGGCGGCCGGGCCGGGCCGCGCUGGCUCAGAGACUCGAGGAGGCUGCAGCCCAGCCGCGGAGCCACGCACAGCGGGCCGGGGCGCGGGCCUGCCCCGUCUCCUCCCCCUCGGCUCCCCUCGGCCUUUUUAACUAGAAACCCAGAAGCCAAGAAGAAGCAGCCUUCGGGCCGCAGAGUCUCCAUCCACAGCCCUGUUCGUCUGUCCGUCCGUCCGUCCGUCGUCUCCAUGCUCAUUCUGCUCCCCAGGCUUCAGCCUGCGCCUGUCCCCAUGCCUGGCAUCAUCUCAGAGCCCCAGCAGAGCCCCCUGGGCCGUCUCUCACCACGACAGCCCUGCCUGGGCGCCCGCAGCCGCUCCAUGUGCACAAAACGGAGCGGCUCCACCUCUCCAAAAUGUCUUCCUCGGCCUCCGCCCCGGGGUUGGCAACGUUGGGCCGCUGGGUGGAGGGCUGUGCCUUGGGGGACCGCAGAGGGCCUGCAGCCUGGUUAUGGUGCAGGGCUUCGUUAUGGCUUGGGGCCCCAUCGUGGUGUAUGGCCUUGUCACUGUGUGGGGCCCUGUUAUGGUGUGAGGCUCCAUCAUGGUGUGGGGCCCUGUCACAGUGUGGGGCCUCAUUGCCCUGUCACAGCGUGGCCUCUCUACCCCGCAGUCCCCAGGAAAUCUGGGGUUCCCCCCAUGCAGCCCUCAAAACAACCGUCCUCGGGGAGAAAAGCCUAAGGAAAUCUCCAGCUCCCCUUGGUACUGAGUUGGCUGGGCAGCCAUAGGAGCCCCAGCAUCAACAAGGGGACAGAUUUAAGGGACACCCUCUGGCACACUGGCCACAGGGCUGCAGGCUCCCACCCCACUCCCAACCCCCAGCAACGGCCACCCCUGGGGGCCAUGAGCCCUGGGCACCAUCGAAGCUCACGGCCCGGGCCCCCCAGUUCUCCCCAUCGCUGCCCCCUUCCCAGCAGUGGGGCCAUUGGCCACCCUCAGCCCCCACACCAAGCAAGAGCCUUCCUGGGGCUGAAGUGCUUCUUCUCUUUAAGAGCUUUUGCAAUAAGUCUUUUUAGUAGUUAUUAUUUCUAGACUUUUUUUUUUCCCCCUUAUUUUUUUUUCCCCCCCAUUAUUAUCCUCAUUAUUAUUAUUUGCUUCCUGACCAAAAUUAGGAACUGGGGGUCAGUCCUUUGUUAUCCAGCAAUCACCCAAAGACAAAAGGUUGGCCGCAUCCAUAAAUUUUCUUAUGGAUUUUUCCUAAUGUUUCACUGCAUUUCAUGUAUUUAUUUUCUUCCUUUUUCGCCCGUUAAAGCUUUUAAAGAUGGGGCUGGGAUGUGACCUUGAGGCUCGCCUGUUGGAACAUACAACUUUUGGUUUGUUUCUAUUAUGCCAUCUGCAUUUUAUAUUUCUUAUAUAUAAUAUAUAUGACUAUAUAUAUAUGUGUACAUAUAUAUAUAUAUAUCUAUACAUGCAUCAUAUCAGUGUAGAUAUCCAUUCCGUAGCAUCUAGGCCUUGUUCUUGUGCCAUUUUUUUUUCUGUUACUGAUCUCUGAAUGCCUUCAAGUGUAUAAAGUGUUGAAUUCUCUCUGGUAUCUGUACUAUGUACACACAUUUUCAUAGGAAGCACAAUAAGAUGACAGAUGCAUUGUACAUCAAUACCUGCUACUCUUAACGACGAUAUAAAGAAUGAUAAAAUCGAUGAGCACCGAGCCUGUCUGUGCUGUGGGAAAUGCUCCUCACUGAGCCCUGGUGCUCAGGUGGGCUCCAGCCCCACAUCCCUGGUCCUGUUCCACCAUGAGCACACCCAAUAGAUGCUUUGGGGCUGGAGGAUGGGAAUCGACUUCUGCUCCCAAGCAGAGGGAGGAGGAUUCACAUCUGUGCAGAUGCUGAUCUUCAGCAGCUCCAACGCUUCCGUUUUGGGACAGAUCCCUGAGGUCAGCAGAAAUGCGUCACCAGCUCAAAUAUUACCUGGUUUUAUUUUAACCAAGUUAGUAGCAGCUGUAGUACAAGCCAUUUGUAAACAGUUUCUGUCCUUCAGAUUUCUAGCUGCAAAGAACAAAAGUAGCAUGCCAAAUCCAGCACUGGGCAUCCAAAAAAGCCCUAGGGACCCCAUGGAGAUUGAAUAAUAGCAAACAGGCAGUGGGCAGGGUAUGCUGAAAUGCCAAACUUGCUCCUGGAAAUAGCAGAUGGGUGGUGUGCAUUCAAACUAGAAGAGUCUUGCUGCUAUUCCAGUCCUCCUCUGCCAGAGCUGGUGCUGCAAAGGCCACAGGGUGGGCUUUGAAUAGGAACAGGAUGAUAUAGCUAAGCCCAGAAGGGAGUUAAUGAACCUAAAUUAAUUGCAGGCAGACACUGUGAAGCCAGAGCAGCUCACUAUGCUCACUACCUCUGCAGUGGCACUCAGCAGCUCCUGCUGCAGGGGCAGGCAGCAGUUCAGCCCCACAGUUUCUUCCCCAGCUGCCCAAGAACGUGCUGGGUUCCAUCCACUGCAACCUCGCAUCGCAUCCUCAGCCUCAGCCUGAGGUCUUUGCUGCAGAUGGAAGCAGCGUGCAAGUCACAGCCUGGAACCGCCUCACAGAGGGGUGCAGGGACCCCAAAAGCAGCACAGACAGAGCAAUUCCCAGCCCUGGAGCCUGAAAUAGGUGAGGGAUGUGUGCAUGGACAGAAGCCAGACAGGACCCAAUGAGAGCAGUGGACAAGUUGUACAUUUCCUGACUCCAGGCUCUGACUUGCACAUCAUCCAUACACCAGCAGAGCAAGGAACAAGGAUCAUUGCAUUGCUCAGGAUUACAGGGAUGGACUGCAAACAGCUGGUGCGCUGCAAGAUGUGUGAUGCAUGUAGACUGUGCAUCCAAGGCUGUUGGUGCACACUGCGCACGAGACAAGGAGUUAAUUACACUCCCCAGGAAGCACCACUGACAAUGCACGCGAGGACAAGGUGCUGCACGCCUCAGCCUGAGGUUGCUGGGAAGCACCUGCUUGCACACCGUUGAUUGUGUGGCUGCUGAAACCCUACAGAGCAAGGAUUAAUCACGCACCAUGCAGAUAGUGGCAGCACAGAUAGCAUCACCUCCUCUCCUCCACAGCAAUAACUCCUGGUUACCACUUGCUCUCUGCUAACGUUGCCAGCAGAAACAGGCGCUGGGCUAUAAUUACACAGCCCUGGAUGCUGCUCGGCUGCCUGGAGCCAGAGCCACGCGGGCUGGGGAAGGUUUCAGCAGAGCUGCCUCAUGCCAGCAGGUGCAGGAAACGAAGGUGCACGGGUAGCAUUUCACUGAGCAGUGAACCAAGCAAACCCUCAGGCAGAGGGAAGGAGAAAGGACAAGUGUAAGGAGACACUGGGUUAUUUUCCCCCCCGUUUCUUAUGAAACACAGCUAAUGACAGGGGACAAGGAGAACUGGCAACAGAACAUCCCUGGAGAGAGGGAGCUGGGGCAACACUACGCUCAGCUCAGGGAUCUCUUAGGAUCCUGCAUUUUGUAAGUGUGGGUUACAGGAGUGGACAAGGGCUGAGCUGCUAGAAAGGAGCUCUGCAGAAAAGGACAUGGGUCUCCUGGUGGCCAACAGGGUAACCAUGAGCCAGGAGUGUGUCCUGGUGGCCAAGAAGGCCAAUGAUUCCAUGGGGUGCACUGCACAGCAGGGUGAGGGAGGGAGGUGCAUCUCCCCCCUACUCUGUCCUGGGGAGGCCACAACUGGAGCACUGGGUGCAGUGCUGGGCUCCCAAAUUCCAGGCAGACAGAGAACUGCUGCUGGAGAGAGUUCAUCUCUCAGCUCAGCCCUUCCUUUCUCUCCCUCCCUUUGUCCCUCCCAGGCACUUCCCAGCCUGCCCAAAGGCUCCUGCCGGGUUUUAAGCCUCACUUGAAGUUGCUGCAUCUGAACAAUACGGAGCAGAUAAGUUCCACCGCUUCUCCUCCCAAUGAAUAUUUCAUCAGGCAGCCAGGCGCCAAGGCUGUCGGAGGUGGCAUUACAUUAACUGCAUGGACACACGGAUGCUGAGACAACAGCUAAUGGCUGUGCUCACAGCAUCAUCCUGUUUUCCAUCGAGGUCAGGAAACACUGAAUUUGGUGGAAAAGGUGCCAACAUCUCCCCACUUCUCUCCUCAGUCAACAAUGCCACGCACUGUACAGGACAGCCUCCUAAAUGGCCCUCCUAAAUGGCCCACGAUCAUCAUUAAUUGCUUAAUUAAUACUUGCGGUGUGACUGCUCUCUUAGUUUUUAUUCAUGGAUUAAUGCAGGCUGGAUGCAGGUCCCUCUGCUCUAUGAACAACCACACGGAUGAGUGCCCUGGGGACAGGGAAAGUAAUGCUAAUACUUGCAAAAAGCGGCCUUUAAUUCAGCGCUGUGCGUUGUGCAGCAGCUGCUGAGGGAGGAAUCCCCCUCCGGGCAUCCCCCAACCCUGAAUGAAGCAGUCCCAGACAGGGGAACCUGUGAGAAUGGGGGACUCAGGGCACCCACACCCCCACUCAGUCACAGCAUCGAGGCUCGAUGCCAUGAGCGCUGUCUCCCAGGA